AACGAACAACUCACAGUGCGCGGUUUAGCUUGAUUCGAGUGGACAUUUCAAUUUGAAAUUGUCUAUGCGUUAAACGAUAUAGAAGUAGAAUAGCAACGCGUGGCUCGAUCGAUGAAACAAGAUGAUGGAAUAAUCGAAAGUUCGCAUACUACGCGUCUAUCCAUUAAACAUUCGUGUUCUAUUAUUAAAAACAAGAUAUAGCUCAAGUACGACUAAAGGUGAUUAUAGCAAAGAUAUUUCGAUCGUGACCUAGCAUAAUGAAAUUUCAUUUGUAUUUCAUUAACAGUGUAAAUGUAGUAACUGGUGUAAUAGUGUAACUCCUAGUGACGAGUUACUCGACAAACGUUAUUUGUUCUUCGAGUUCGUGAAAGUUUCUGUAACAGUAUUGGAAUACAGAUUUUACUUAAAUGUGACCAUACUCUUCAUGUAGUAACGAGAGAAUUGCGUCACUAUCGGUAAUCAACACGUCAAUCGAGCGGUUUCCAUUUUUUCAAAAAAAGAAAAACCAAUUCGUGUUACGGAAAUGCACUCGUGAUCGAGAUUUUAGAAGUAGCGCGUAAAACGCAGUUGAGAGUUGAAAAGUGAACGGCGAGUGAAACAAUUUGUGUACACACGAACAUUUUCCCCCAUCUUACGAGGAACAACGAUUAAUUGUAAUGCAAUUACACGCGGAACGUUGCAAUUGCGUGGUAUAUCGGCCGAACCAUAAGUUCGUGUGUGACGACAAUUUUUCGAGUUUUACUGGCUGCCACUGUUUCCUGGUCUCUCUUCUAAAUAUAUAGCGAUUCUUCACCAAACGAUUGCAAAUAGAGAAAAAGUGGAACAUUCUACUUUCACGUUCGACAAAGAAUAGUCAGAUACCUGAAAAUUAUUAGAACAAUAUUUUCUACAUCCUUUUUGAAGUAUGUAAGGCGUAUAAUAGCACACGAAUGUUAGCGACGUCAGAAGAAGAGAUUUAUAUAACUUUUCUCACAGGCGAAUUCGUGAGAAUGCGGUACACGGUCAUUCUUGGAUUUCCAUAGUGAUUGUGCCCGAAAUUAGGAACGAUUUCUGUGAAAAAAUGCCUCUUCACUCUUACCAUAGUAACAUGUACACACCAUAAAAGAAAAUUCGAAGUGAUAAAUUCUUGUGUUUUGAAUGUUUUCCAACUUCCAUGUUUGAAUGGCACCACAAGGAUAUUUUUAUGUUCGAUCCCACAACGUGGAUUAACGCUCAGGGAACGAUAAGCUGUGCCAGAGACGACGAAGUACGUGCAAAAGUGCAACGGUUUUCGAAUUCAAGGCGUAAACACAAAUAGGCAGAACGGAAAAAAGAUGCUUCAAUUGCGGGUGAUCGUUGUUCUGCUGGUUCCGAUGUGCGUUGGCAGAGCCUUCUCGCUGUAUGCGAGCAGAGAAGAACAUCCAAGCAAAGUGGACAUCGGAAACCUAAAGGAACCGACCGAUAUUUUGAGUAAUAGCAGUAGCAAAGCGACCACCUCAUCGAUAAAGGCGGCAGAAGAUAAUACGGGUAUAAAAACAGCGAACGAGACCAAUAAUUCUACACUAACUAAUACAACUAAUGCGGAUGUAAAUACGCCGAUAGAAAAAACAAUCGACGAGAAGAAGGAAGAUAAUGAGAAGCUAAAUAAUAGCAAUCAAAAUAAUGAGGAGCUAAAUAAUGACAAGCAAAAUAGUGAAAAGCCAAAUAAUGAAGAGCAAAAUAGUGAGAAGCUAAAUAAAGAACAGGUAAAUAACGAAACGCAAAGUAACGAAAAGCAAAAUAGUGAAAAGCAAAAUAGUGAAAAGCAAAAUAGUGAAAAACAAAAUGAUAGAAAAGAAAACUGUACUUCUACGAAAGAAGCAGAGGACAUGCUUCACUGUAAUAAGUAUCCACGGGAUGAUGAUGGUGAUUCAUUAAAUGCUACAGGGUCUCAGGUACCGGAAGUUGUUUCUCAUGAGAAAGAAAAAGGUGACGCGAAAGAUGGGGACAUCAGUGGAAAUAAUACGCAGACUACAACUGAAGUACAUUACGCUAUUGUAUCUUCUGACACAAAUCACACUAUCAAUACCAAUAAUUCUGAUGUUCUGAAUUCGACGGAUUCGAAAGGUAGUACUACUGAAACCUUUGAAGUAAAGGUUGAGAGUAUAAAUACUGAAACUAUCGAGGCUGUGAAGUCUAAUCAAAGUAAUAGUAAACAUAUGUCUUCGGGAAUCAUAGCACUAGUUACUGCGAUCAGUUUUGCUGUAGUAAUUGCAUUGGUAUAUAUUGGAAUGAUUGUUUGGAGGCGGUACAUCGAAUACAGAUAUGGACACCGGGAGUUACUUGUUAAUGAACUAGAAUUUGAUACUAAUGAUUUGCGUCAUUUUGAGCUGUGAUUUCAACGAAAGUAGUAAUCUGCAGGGAAGAAAAACCGAAUGAUUCACAGCUAAGGCUGAUAUUAUGUAAAUAUUGAAGAUUCAUUGAUCUGUGAUACUAAGGACAUGCAUUGUGCCUGACAGUCAAGACACCAAAUAUAUUUGGAUAAUAUUAUACAGUUCUUGGGAUGUAAUUGUUUUAUAUACACUAUGUAUACAGUUCAUCUUUUUCAACACCUUGAUUGUUUUUUCCUUCUCCUGUAGAAAUUAGAAAUAGCGUUACUGUGCUAUUAUGUAUAUUUUUCUGGUGAUAAUGCGAUGCGCAGAUCGUUGAAUAAAUGACGUAGCAUUUUAAGUAUCAAUUAAAUGUCUUACAAACAGUUGAGGGUGCUUGAAUAUCUGUCAGUUUUCUUCGAUAUUACUGUAACGAUAUUCUUUCUUGUUUUGUAGUAUUUGGAACCAUUGAAAAAUGUAUACUAUAAACGAAACUUUUGUAAUGUAGUAUUAUCUUCGUUUUCCACCUGUUUUUGUAAUAUGUGCGACGAAUAUGUAAAUAAUUUUAGUUAAAUAAAUAAAUUGGUGGAAUAUUUUUUUUA